AUGAUGCAGACUGGUACCCGCACGGCUUUGGUGGCCGAGGGGGCUGCACGGUACAAGUUGGUGAACGACGCAGCCAUGCCACUGGUAAAGCCAGAUAUGGUCCUCUGCAAGGUCAGAGCGGUGGCGCUCAACCCAGCAGACUGGAAGAUGGUCGACUUUUCCGCAACGCCAGGUGCAGUGGGCGGCAAUGACUUUGCCGGUGAAGUUGUUGAGACUGGAAGCCAGGUGACAAGACUCAAGCCGGGCGAUCGUGUCUGCGCAAUGAUGUUCGGGCUCAACCCAUCCGACAAAACGACAGGGGCGUUCGGUACCUUCGCGGCGGCCACAGAGGAUUUGGCAUGCAAGAUCCCGGACGGGAUGACUUUCGAAGAGGCCUCGACCCUGGGAUUGGCCAUCGGGACGGCAGGCAGCGCUCUCUACCAGAGCCUGGGACUUCCAAUGCCAGAAGCCCCUGCGAAGAAGCCUAUUACAGUACUGGUAUCGGGAGGGGCGACGGCGACCGGAACCAUCGCUGUCCAGCUGUUGAGAGCAUCCGGACUCAUUCCCAUUGUUACUUGCUCGCCGACCCACUUCGACAUGUUGAAGCGGCUGGGAGCAGCCGAGACUUUCGAUUACCACUCGCCAACCUGCGGUACGGAGAUACGCGCAUACACCAACGACCAACUGGCGCAUGUGUUUGACUGUGUCACCGAGGCGGCAACAAUGAAGAUGUGCUAUGAAGCCAUUGGGUCGGCGGGCGGCAAGUACGUGGCGCUGGAUCCGUUUGCGACGCACGUCCAAUACACGCGGCGAGACGUACAUGCCGACUGGCUCAUGAUAUACUCGCUGUUCGGGAAGCGGGUCGAGCUGGCUGGCGUAUAUGGCAGGGCAGCUCGUCGGCUGGAUCGCGAAUUUGCAGCUCGCAUGUUUCCGCUCGCCGAGCGGCUGCUGGAGGAGGGCCGGCUGGCUCCACACGCCGCCGAAGUGCGAGUCGGUGGAUUGGAUGGCGUGUUGGACGGCAUUGAGGAGCUGCGGUGGGGAAAGGUCAGAGGGAGGAAGCUUGUGUAUCCAAUAGCUUGA